UAUGACGUCACAGUCUCGAGCGACCCAGUCUGCAGUCGGAACUGUAGCGCAGCAGCAGUUGUUGGUUAGCUGGUUAACUAAAAGUUGUCGUGAUUACUUUUGGAAUAAUGUGCAAAAUUGGGACUCUGAGAACUCUGCUGAACGAGCGGCUGAGUGCAGCGGUGGAGGAGAUAUUUCAGCUGUUGGAAACAACACUCUCCGAGUACGAGGACGAGAUAGAACGUCAGCGUAAGCUGCUGGAGGACGGGAAGAGGCCUGUAAACAACGCUGAAUUUGCAUCAGUGUUGGCAAUUAAACAAGAGCAACUGCAGGAGCCAGAGCCUCUACACAUUAAAGAGGAACAUGAGGAACUGUGGAGCAUUCAGAAAGGAGAGCAGUAUGAAGGACUUAUGGAGGAUAACAAAGCUGACAUCACCAACGUUCCAUUUGUUGCCGUCUCAGUGGAGAGUGAAGACGACAAAGUGGAAGCAAAGUCCCCCGAGGUUCAUCAGCGACCCACGGUGGAGAACACAGAGGAAGAGUCUGCAGAACAGCAGAUGUUUGCAGGCUCAGAAAAUGAGACCGAUAAUAGUGACGAUGAGUUAAAGAGAGAAAGCACAACCCAGCAAGGUUCAGCUUAUACCCAGAAACCCAAAGAAAUCCACAUAAUUGUGGAAAAAUGUAUUUGCACGACUGGCAAGAAAAAGUUUAGUUGCUCCAAGUGUGGUAAACACUUUACCUCAAAGGGGACUCUGCAGAGACACAUUAGGGCUCAUAAUGGAGACAGGCCAUUCAGUUGUUCCCACUGUGGAAAGAGAUUUUCCCGGAAACAACAUCUACAAGAACACGUGCCAAUUCAUACAGGAGAGCAGCCGUUUAGUUGUUCAGUCUGUGGGAAAAAGUUUCGCUUUAGUGCCGGCAUGAGGAAGCACAAGAGAACACACAAAUAUAAUUGCUGAGGUAACGUAUGCCUUUGCAAAGACACAGUUAGUCUGGGAUUUUCUUGAAUCUUGACUCAGAGGAUUUUAUAUUGACAUAUUGUCUGUGGUCUCCCAUGUUUUUAAAAUCAAGUCAUAUUUAGAAAUCCUGUGUAACAAAUAUUGUCCUUCCAAACAUGACUGAACUAAAAUGCCUUUGCUGGUUUUUACUUCAAUUUUAACAAUCAUAGUGCAUAGUGAAGCAUGCAGUAUAUAGGAUUUUUGGAUAUUAUUGGAUUUUAC